GAUAUUGAGGCGACAUGCGGGCUUUGGGGUCGGCACCGAGGGAGGACGGCUUCGGGGCGACUGGUUGCGCGCGGCCAUAAACCGGCGCCUAAGACACCCUGUGGCAUGCUGGGAGAGGCUCGACUACUGGCCACCCACAGGGUGUUUGCCAGAACCAGCAACAGCGAAAAUGCAGAACGGGGGGAUCUGGCCCAGUGUUAAAUGAGCAUCCCUGGGGUGCUAGAGACUAAUGGGCUUUUAAUAUGCGUUGGCUGUGUCAUUAAUCUUUUUUUCUUUUUCUCUUUCUUAAUUUCUUUUUACUUUUUUUUUUUUACUAGUGAAAGAGGGUUGAGUAGUCCAGGUUCAUCCAGUCCGCUCAUUACCAACGAGUGUGAGAUAACUGCUGGUUUAGCUGCUUCUGCUGGCUGCUGGGUUUAGGGUUUAGGCGGUAUUACCUUGUUUGGUCCAGCUAUAUGCUAGUAUCAGUCCACUUACUUAGGCAGAACAUGAUAUGUCUCCAUAAGUAGUUUCAAGAGACAUGAAAUUUGUGGAGUUUAGAAAGAUUGCUAUGGAUUUGAGACUUUUAAGGCAGAUGGAACGGAGAGCUGAGAGUUAAAUAGUUAUAGCGGUCUAAAGACCAGCUGUUAGCCAUUUUUUGCUGAUGAAAAGAUUGGAGAUUUUUUUUGUUUGUUUUGUCUUGAGCCACGGUCUUUCUGUUAUGUAACUCCGGCGAUUCUGGAACUCACUGUGUAGAGCAGGCUGGCCUUGAGCUCAGAGGUCCACCACCUCUUUGCCUCCCAAGUGCUAGGAUAAGUGUGUGCAACCACACCCAACUGAGAAAUUGAGAAUUCUUAAAGUCAUCUGUCUUACAACUGAAGUAAUUUUCUUCCCCCGGAGACAGGGGGAACUCAGAGAUCCACCAAAAGGCCGCCAUUGCCUGGCUGAAGAAAUUUUUUGAGGACACAUUUAAUCAAACUAGGAACCAAAAUGCUGACAUUGCUUCCCGGAGAGAGGGAACCGAAUAUUCCUUUUACCCAAAGAAGAGGCACUCGGCAGACCAGCAUUGCGUCCUUUGUCACCUUACAAGCAGGAAUGGCAAAUGGUGGUAACCAGAAGAACAUUUUCUCUCUCAAAGAAAAUCAGAUCAACAAAGAAUGCAAGAGAACCCAGCUAGAUUGUUUGGUCCAGGGAUUAGAGGAUGAUUGCUUGGUAUCACCUUUGGUCACUUCAACUCCUGCAGACAUCCAGGAAGCUGGACCUUCUCCUCAGUCUCCCCAGAUCUCAGGCUGCCAGAGUUCGGAAACAUCAUCUUUGACUAUCUUGUCUUUGCCUCAGCCUGAUGUCCUGAUGGGCACUGGAGAGAGUAAAGUCCCCAUGGAUCCUUCCUUUACCCGGUUCUUGGAACGUUCUUGUUUGCUGGACCACAGAGAGGCCAAGAGCAAAGGGGAAGGGCUUCAUGGAUCUAAGACUGACUGUUUAGGGAUGGGAAGCCACAUCAGACCACCUGGGGGUAAAUGCUAUCAGCCCCUGGACAAAGCCAAAGUGGGGAAGAGGGGGCCUGCCAAGGAAAACAGGCAGGCCCCUGUGCAUCUUCAAACCUAUAGGCUUGGAACCAGCAGUAGGAAAAAAACACCAUUGGUGACAAAAAGCCCUUGUCCUCUUUCUGUAUUUUCUUGGGACAGUGAAAGGAGUGACAGGGAUUCCUGGAGUCAGCUUUUCACUGAGGAUUCCCAAGGCCAACAAGUCAUCGCCCACAAUACAAAAGUGCCUUUCCAAGAUGUAACCAAUGCUAGGAAUCAAGGCUCAGAGCAGUUUCCUGACAGCCCUCAGGCUCAGGGCCAAGAUGGGCCUACUCAGUUACAUCUGCAGUCACACGUGCUCUUUACCCAGGACUCUGAAGGUAAUAGGGUUAUCAGGCACUAGUUCCAGAUGUUUAUGUGAGUGUAUCAUGAAGUGGCAGGGAUAGAGGGAAGUAGGGUAGGGCUGGGUAUCGAGGAGGGUUUAGAUGAGAGGCCAGGUGGGAUGAAGCAGUUGUGCUACGGAACCCUUUCUGUAUGUAAAUAAAGCAGGUAAUAUGUGCUAGG